AUGUCAGCUUGCACUUACGACGUCGUGGCCCUCACUACCAUGGUCAUCUGGAUGACGCUGAGCGGCACUGCGCUCAGCUCCAGCAUCCACGUUUUUUCCCGCGCUCUCGUCGGUCUCCUGGUCUUCUUCGCCGUCGACAUGCAGCUUCUGGAGCCGCUUACGGCCGACAACUGCGUCGCUCAUCGCUCCCUCCGCCUUUCCUUCUGCCUGGUUGGCCUUUUUGGCCUCCUAGCUGCGCGCUUCGUCGUCCCGGUCCUUCGUCGCAUCCGCCGCUUGGCCGCUUCCCUGCCUCCGUCGCAGCAGCAGCAGCAGCAGCAGCAGCAGCAGAUGCCUGGCGCCUGGCCUUGGUUCGCGCCGUCGCCGUCUCCGUCUCGUCCGCCGUCACCCGCUCUGACCGAGGUCAACCAGGACUGGGAGGCCGACCAUCUCGCCAAGAUGGCCAGUCUCCCAGCGGACUGCUUCAUUUCUCCGGAGGAUCUCGCUGCCCGCGGUAAGCGGGCCUACACCUGCCCCUCGUACGACGACGACUCCUCGGCACACGGGCCCGCGCCCUCAACAGCCGCCCAGCCCGUCUCCCUCCCAUCUGCGCCCGCCCUAGUGGAGAAGGAGGAGAAGGAGGAGAAGAAAGAGGAAGAAGAGGACAAGAAGGAGCAUGAAGAGGAAGAGGAAGAAGAAGAGGACCAGAUCCCUUGGACCUACGACGGAUUGCUAGAUCUCCCUAGUAAUCACGGCAUCCGCGCUCGCUUCUCCGCCACUGCCCGCGCCGACGCCGCCCUUCUCGCUGCCCGUGUUCCUGGAUCCCGGGAUGAUGAGACGGAGAGCGAGGUUGCCGAUGUUAAACGGAUGGGUGACAGUGCCUCUCUCCAUCACGUCAUUUCCGGCACCUCGUCUCUCAGUCUCCUCUCGUCUCGGCGCUGCCAGCACCAACCCGACCGUCCGCGCCGCCGUCACAUCUCUUCGUUCGCAGUCCCCAGGGUCGUGGCCAAGUCGCCACCGCGUGUCCGUCCUGCUGUCACCACCGCGCUUGCCUCUCCGGUCCUGGAGCUGUUCUUCCCGCUGUCGCGUCCGCUUAAGAAGAAGAAGAAGAAGAAGAAGAAGAGCAAGUCUCGGAAGUGGAAGGCAAGGAGGUUGUUAACGCCUCGGGAUUUCUGA